AUGGCAGUCUUCGAUAAGUGGGUCGCGCUCAAGAUUAUCGAGUUUUUAUUCUGCGUUGCAUGCUUGGUUGCAAAGCGCGUAUCGACUGACGACGAAGCACGACUUGCCUUAUUAUUACAAAAGCUAUCUCGUGAAUGGUCUUUGCUAAAUUCUAUCACUUGGGACUCUUCAGGGAGUGCAUUUGCUGACGCUACAUAUGGGGGUUACGUGAUUAUCACAUUUGGACUCAUCUUCGCUCGAGCCUUUCAAGAGAUACCUAGAGGACGCCGUAUAUUGGAGGGAAUUCUCCUUGGUUUUGGGCUGCUGUUUUUCUUAGUUUUGGGUGGUCUAGAGCUAGCUUCCCUAGACGCAAUCCCAGACACUCUAACCGUAAAUGCCGCAGUUCUUGGAGCUCUGUCACUGGCGGUAGCAGCCCUUUUUCUCCUCGAUUUGAUGGGCCCAAGGGUCUACACCUCCACAAGGCCCUCGCAGACAGAUAAAACAGAACCUGUGAAGUCACCAAAAAGCGAGAAGAAAGUCUCAAUUCUGUCUCAGCCCUCGACGAAUGGUCAUCUACCAAACGACAAACAGAAUGGAAAACUUCCAGAGAGACCAAAAGACCUAGAUUUAGGUAAAGAAACUAAAAAGGCAGAUACUCCUGUAUUUGAAUCUCCCAAAAGUGCUUUAUCACAACUUGAUGAUUUAGAUAUUGAUAAUUUGGAAAAAUCUAAAUUCGGGUCGUUAAGAAAUAUUGAAGGUGGAAACUAUGUUCGAUUAUCUGAUCCCUUAGUUAUUCCAGACCGGUUACAUUACGAGCAGGAGUUAGCAAAAUUUAAUGAGAAGUACUUUAGAGAUUAUUUAGAAUACGCAGAGAGCUUAGAAGGAAAAGGAAAAGUGGUUAAAGAGCAGUACUUACCUGAGCUGCAGACACCUGUUCUUGCGAAGGUAAAGACAGGGCGAUUAAAGGAUUUGUACGAUGAAAUGUCACCGGUAUAUGAGAAGAAGAGACAGUCAAAAUCACCUACUAGAGCUAAAACAGUUGCAACUCCCACUUUGCAACAGCUUGAAGACUACUUGAAAGGUUCUGGGAGGUCACGACGUGCAGAUACGCCAGCCAUCUAUCCCUUAGAGCGAAUAGAGGAAAAAGAAGUGAACGACGAGGGAAGAGCUUCCGGAACUCCUACAGACCCAGGGUAUGUCCAGUACACGGCAAAUAGAUGGCCCGAAAAGAGGGAACUAAGAACACCAAGACAUAGUCCAACGCAAUGA